AAGUGCUUGUGCUGCUGCCGUUAACUUCACAGAAGCUCUUUAAGCUGAGCUGGCUGUUGGGCUGUUUGGGUUGUUCCUGUCGACGACUUUCUCCGAGUGGGAGCACUCAGUAAAACCAGGAAGAUCUCCACACACACGCACGCACCCUGUAACGUUACCAGUCUGCUCUCCCAGUUUAACACCAGUCAGGUUUAACUGUCCAGCUAAAAAGGAGUUCCAGCUCUUCCAAAUCGACGCCAUGGACCCCGCCAGUCAAGAUAUCAACCUGAACUCUCCCAACAAGGGUCUUGGUGUGGAUCAUUCGGACAGCCUGGCUGACGUGCCGGUGGAGGGAGCAGUGGGGAACUCAGCCAACCCUCUUCCACCGGGCCUGACGGAGGAAGAGGCUGAAGAGCUCCGCAUUGAGCUCACAAAGGUGGAGGAGGAGAUCAACACUCUUCGUCAGGUUCUGUCAGCCAAAGAGAGACACGCCGCAGAGCUGAAGAGGAAGCUUGGCCUCAGCCCGCUCAACGAACUCAGGCAGAACAUCACCAAGAGCUGGCAAGACGUACAGACCUCCAACGCAUAUCUGUCUGCCUCAGCCACUUUGGAUGACAUUACCCACUCUGAAGCAUACAAAAAGACUCAGGAGACUCUUUCCCAGGCGGGACAGAAGACCAGUGCAGCUCUCACCACAGUGGGCACGGCCAUCAGCAGGAGACUGGGAGACAUGAGGAACUCUGCAACCUUCAAGUCAUUUGAAGAUAAAAUGGGGAACCUGAAGUACAAGGUUGUUGGCCCCAGAGGGAACGGAGAUGCCGUCACCUCCCCUACUGACACCACCCCCACUCAGGAGAACCCACCAUUCUGAACACACCCCACCACCUCCUCCUCCUCUUCCUCCCCCCUUCCUCUGCCUCCUCCUCCUCGCCGCCACCACCUUCCUCACAACCUGAGACUGUACUGUUAUCACCUGACAUCGCAGAGUCAAUCCUGACCUUUCCGACCCUCCACCUCACCGACACAUCGCCACCACUCACUUCGCCCCUUCGAGGUCUGUAAGAACGCGGCGGGCAGGCGGGAGGUGAAAGGGCUCGUGUGGGGUCGAGGCGGGACGAGCUCCCCCCCCCCCCCCAUCGCCGCCGGUCCCGCGGCCUCCGCUCCUCCUCUGCCUCACUGUUGAGGAAAAAAAUGUUUUGUUGAUGUCUAAACCUGAAUCAUUUACAGCCCCCCCCCCCCCCCCCGUUAGAUCCACGCUGUUAGUCGCCUUUAGCGAAUCACCUGGCUUAAAAAAAAAAAAAGGCAUUAUAGGACGUCAGGUUCUUAAACUAAAUGAAAAACUUCCACCGUUGAUUCUGUGAUCGAGGUUGCGAAGAAGCAACCCUGCUGUGAAUUCUAUGUUUAGGAACCAGACUGAUGGCGGAGGAGGAUUUUCCCGGGCAUAAGCGAAACAAACCUGCUGUUCCUGUCUCUGUUAUCAGCUACUUUAAUCAUGUGAUCACACUCUAGUGUCACCCUCCUCUUUCUCAAACAGUUUGCACCACAGCUCUGCGGGUGCCAACAGGCUUAUAAUCGCAGGUUAGAGGUUUAACUGGGAGAAGGGUGGAGGGUGGGGG